GGGCUGCCACAGACUUCACAGACAAGGAACCCUCGCUGAUCAAGGAGGUAUCUUAGUGGAAGGUCAGUUGCUGAUAUCCUUGACUUUCGGUAUCCAAUUGAAUUUGUCUUCCGAUGGAGACCUCGGGUAACCCCUAUCUGAAUUUCGAGGCUUUGUGGUCACGGGUGGGCUGCGUCCGCCUGCUGCAGCUGCUGCUCGGAUGCACCACGUUCAGCCUGGUGCAGCACCAAGCUGGCUUCAGCGCCGCGUACGGCGCCUUCUGCAUCUUUGUUUGGUGCUUUUGUUUUGCCCUUACAACCAUCAUCGUUAUCUUUGAGCUGACGCGGCUCCAGUCCUGCCUGCGCAACCUGUCGUGGGGAAACUUCACGGCCACCUUUGCUAUGUUGGCCACCUUGAUGACUCUCACCGCUGCAGUGAUUUACCCGCUUUACUUCGUGUCGCUGAAAUGUAACUCCACAGACUGCUCCACCAGGAACUACCGCUUGGCCGUCGCCGUCUGCGCCGGGCUCCUGUGCCUGGCUUACUCCGUAGAAAUCUAUCUGACCCGUGCCAGGCCUGGCCAAUCCUGCAAUUACAUGGCUACAGCCUCGGGGCUGCUUAAAGUCGUGCAAGCCUUCGUGGCGUGUGUGAUCUUUGGUGCUUUGGCCACUGAAAGUCAGUAUAAGAGGUACGUGGCUACUCAGUGGUGCGUGGUCGUGUAUAGCUUCUGCUUUGCCGUGACCGUGCUGGUGAUCCUGAUGAACGUCACUGGACGGGCGGUUACCCAGCGUUGCCCCUUUGAACGGUUCGUGGUGGUCUACACCGUGUUGGCUAUAGUGAUGUACAUGAGCGCCUCGGUCAUCUGGCCCGUGUACUGCUUUGACUCGAAGUACGGAUCGCCGAAAAGACCUUCAUACUGCGCCUGGGGAAGAUGCCCUUGGGACAGUCAGCUGGUGGUCACGAUCUUCACCCACGUAAACCUGGUCCUGUAUAUAGCCGACCUUGCGUACACACAGCGCCUACGAUUUGUAUCUCACGCCUAGUUCAAGAGGCAGCAGAGGAACCAGCCGCUGAAAGGGGACCAGACAGAAGUAUAUGACACGGGACGGUCGUGACAGAACCAUCGGGUUUUUUGGGGAUAUUUUUAUCGACAUGCUCCAAAAAAAACCCCUACAACCAGAUAAUGAUGAAACGGUCCAGAAUGUUGACUCGGUCUUUAAUGACAGGGUCGACGAGUUAGAUGAUGUCAUAGGUAGGGACAGCCAACUGCAGAAAACCAGCCGAGAAACUAAAGAUUUUAUGGAAAAUCCAGUGUUUUCAAUGUUGUUUAAAACAUUUCUGUGCUUAUUUAUUUGUGUGCCGUGGCAGCAUCGUCUUAUACUUGCGUUGCUUUUACCGAACCUCUUGGGCGAGGGGGUUUCCGUCAGACCACUACGUUAGUGGGUUACCUAAAUAAAAUCAAUUACGAUC